AUUGGGAGCAAAUUAGUCAGGUCAAGAAAGCACUUAAUAUACCCGUUAUUGCCAAUGGAAAUAUCCUUUACUUUGAAGAUAUUGAACGUUGUAUUAGUAUGACAGGUGUCGAUGGGGUCAUGUCCGCAGAGGGUAAUCUAUAUAAUCCUGCUAUAUUUUCAGGUAGCAAUUUGCCAACUUGGCAAUUAGCAAGUGAAUACUUAGACAUUUGUCGAACUGUUCCGACAAAAAUUGGUUAUAUUCGUGCGCACCUUUUUAAAAUAUAUAGGCCAGCUCUCCCAUUUCAUGUGGAUUUAAGAGAGCAAUUAGCUAAGGUCACAACUUUCGAAGAAAUUUGUGCGAUAUCUGAUGCGCUACAAAGUCGAUUGAUG